AUGUCACGACAGACGCCAAAUGCCAGCAGGAGCAAUACGAUCGAUUCUUCGACUUCGGCGCCUUCUCCCGAUCAGCUUUACGCAGCAUCACGCAAAGUCGCUAACACGGCCUACUGGUCCAGCGCACACAGUAGUCAGACUAGCUUACAUAAGCUGAAUACUCAAGAAAGUGCGCCCAGCGAUGAGACUCCUCCGAGCGCCACAUCACGUACACCAGUCUCUCAGUCGGCCGGGCCUUCUCCCGCUAUGCAGCAAACCGCUGGGCUAGGAACUCCAUCAAACUCCACUGCUGGACUCUCAGGCUUGGUAUGCAAUGUGCACCGAACUACUGGCAGGGAGCCGCGUCCUUUGGUAGGCGCCACUACCACAAUCCUUGGGGACAAGCUGUACGUCUUCGGCGGGAGGAGACUCUCCAGGAGCAGACCGCAAUUAACAGCAGAUCUGUACGAGUUGGAUCUCGUUCGACGGCAUUGGACGAAGCUGGAGGCAAAUGGCGAUAUCCCGUCCCCCCGAUAUUUCCACAGUGUUUGUGGUCUGGGUGAUACGAAGCUCGUCUGCUAUGGCGGCAUGUCCCCAGCACCUGCACCUUCGGCCCAGUCCAAUGCAUCAAGCAGCUCCCAAGAUCCGCAGCCGGAAGUUGUAGUUAUGUCAGAUAUACACAUAUACGACGUGCCCACAAGGACGUGGAUGAAUGUGCCUACCUCAGACGGACCGCAAGGAAGAUAUGCUCACUGUGCUGCGAUCCUUCCCUCAUCUGCUGUCUUCUCCUCAGCCACUGCGCCACUGUCGGCGAUACAUCACAAUCCUUCUUCGGCAGUUCCCCACCAAGGUUCAAUAGGCGUUUCGCUUGACGGGACAGGUGGUGCCGAGAUGGUAGUUGUCGGCGGUCAGGACAGCGCGAAUCACUACAUCGAGCAGAUCAGUGUUUUCAAUCUACGGAGCCUUAAAUGGACGGCCACGAAUACCCUCGGUCGGAGCUGUGGCGCGUACAGGAGUGUUGUUGCCCCUCUCAGCUCUGCAAAUGCCGUGCAGAUCGGAACCGGUCCCAGAAGGGACCACGAAUCGAAUUUUGAUGACGAGGAUGCUGAGGAGGCCGAGAAUGCCGGAUCCUCCAUGCUAAUAUACUCGAACUACAAUUUUAUGGAUGUCAAGCUUGAGCUCCAAGUCAGGCUACCGGACGGGACGUUGUCAGAAAAGCCCAUGCACGGAAAUUUCUCUCCGCCUGGCCUAAGGUUCCCGAACGGUGGCAUUAUAGACAACCACUUUGUUGUCAGCGGCACCUUCCUCACAUCGUCAAAGCAGGAGUAUGCCCUUUGGGCGCUAGACCUGCGGACACUGACGUGGAGCCGGAUAGACGUAGGUGGUAGCAUCUUCAGCCAAGGCAGUUGGAACAGAGGUAUUCUUUGGAAUAGAAGAAACACUUUUGUGAUACUGGGCAACAGGAAGAGGAGUUUGGUGGACGACUACAAUCAUCGCCGGAUCAACUUCACAAACAUCUGCAUGGUCGAGCUGGAAGCAUUCGGCCUUUACGACAACCCUCGACGCGUUUCGCCUACAUCUGGCUACCGCUCCGUCAGUUCGCCGAUUCAGCUAAAAGAGCCGGAAACCACCGCUGGAGGCCGGCAACUCUCAAAAGCGGCAGCGGAGCUCGGAGAGAUAGCUACCAGCAUCCGCGAGGUAGCAGACAUGGAUUUCCUCGCCAUCGGCGGCGAGCGCGUACCAGUCAACUCCCACAUCGUCGCGCGGCGCUGGGGCCCCUACUUCAAUCAGCUCCUCCGUGAAGGCGUCGCGACCCAAGACGGGACCGAUACCGCAACGCUGCACCCAAGCAUCGGCAGUCAGCAGUACCGCAACUCCAGCAUAACAAUCACGCCCAGCAUCCGCACAGCAAUAACGAGCUACUCGAACGCCACGACCGUAACCAACAACAACGACUCCGCAUCCGCCACUCAAUCCUCACCUUUCGAACCCCCCGACGCACGCUCGCCGAACCCGUCAACCCGACCUCGCACGUUCUACCUCCCGCACACGCAACUCACGAUCCAGAGUCUAGUCCACUACCUCUAUACCUCCGCCCUCCCGCCACAGAACAGCCCCCUCUGCACCCCGCAGAUCCUCUGCUCCCUCCUCCAACUCGCACGCCCGUACCGCAUCGACGGCCUCCUUGAAGCGGUCAUCGAGCGCCUCCACAGCAUCCUCGACGGCCGCAACACCGCCGCCAUCUUCAACGCCGCGGCCAUGGCGGCGGGCGGUGGCGAGGGCGUCGCGUUCUUCUCCAAAACAGGGACGUAUCUCAGCACCGCGACUGCCACUGCCACUGCCACCGCCACGGCCUCGGCCACCGCGGCCAGCAGCAACGGCGCAGACGGCGUGGUCGGCGGCCUGCGCAGUCUACGCAUCAACACGGAUGUCACGAAUGGGGGGAGUGUGGAUAGCGGGCUGAGCAGCGCGAGCACGAGCACUAGUGCGAGCGACCUUGGCAGCUGGAGCGGGUUCGGGGACGAGAGGGAGGUUUGGGCGGGGGAACUGAGCGCGGUUGUUGGACUGCAGAAACGGGGGCUGAGGGGGUUGAUGGAGGGGAGGAGGAUCAGGGAGAUGGGGAGGGGGGCCGAGGGCGCUGGUGGUGGGGGGGAGGGUGGUCGUGUGGGGUUGGGUAUUGCGUAG